AUGUUUAUUGCGUAUAACAAUCUAUCUAUCUAUCUAUCUAUCUAUCUAUCUAUCUAUCUAUCUAUCUAUCUCAGUCUGUUCAUUAUCUAUGUGUCUGUUUGUCUGUCUGUUACCGUUAAUUUUCUCUCUCAAUUCAUUCAUCAAUUUCUUUAUAUCUAUCUAUCUAUCUAUCUAUCUAUCUAUCUAUCUAUCUAUCUAUCUUAUUGUGUAUCUUUUUUUGUCUGUCUGUCUGCCUAUCUAUCUAUCUAUCUAUCUAUCUAUCUAUCUAUCUAUCUAUCUAUGUUAUUCUGUGUCUGUCUGUCUAUCUAUCUAUCGCAUUUUUUCAUAUCUAUCUACCUAUCUAUCUAUGGACAUCUCUCUUUUUCUUUAUAUCUCGACGAUAUAAUUGAUCUAUCUAUCUGUUUAUUAAAUUCUGUUUAUCUUAUUCUGUGUAUAAUCUAUCUAUCUAUCUAUCUAUCUAUCUAUCUAUCUAUCUAUCUAUCUCUCUAUCUUUCUAUUUAUCUGUCUGUGUGUCUAAAACUGUGCUUGUCAAUUUCUCUCUCACACUCUCUAUCUCUCUCUCUCUCUCUCUAUCUAUCUAUCUAUCUAUCUAUCUAG